AGAUAUUUUUUUCGAAUCGAAGACUUUAGUUGUUGUCGGUUUGUCUGCCGAAAUUUUAUAGUUUCAGUUUCAUCUCAGAAGUAGGUCAGAUUAGAUCGAAUCAAGUCGAACAAGUUUAGCUCUUCUAAUAGCUCUUCAAUAUAUAAUAAAAACAUAAUAAUAUGUCGGAAUCAAAUGGUGAAUCAAAAUUUGGCUUCAAGGACAAGGAGAAGGCAGAGGAGACUCUCAAGCUGCUCGAGGAGCAUGAAAUGCAAUACAGAAAGUUGACAGUGCGUGGACUUCUUGGUAGAGCCAAAAGAGUCCUUUCAAUGACAAAAGCUGAGGAAAAAGUUAAAAAUAUAAAUGAAGCCAUCGCAGUAUUUGACAAAUGGCUGGAGGAGAAUGGUGGAGGCGCGGCAAAUAAGAAUGCCAAGACUGAUAACUCCGAUAAGGUGGAAACAGUUCCUGGUUUAGGAUUUAAAGACAAGGAAGCUGCUGAAAAGACUUUGAAAAUUCUAGAAGGCCGUGAUCCAGAUUAUCAAAAAUUGGCCAUCAAAGGAUUAAUUGGUAGUUCAAAACGUGUACUUUCCGGUACUAAAAAUGAAGAAAAAGUCAAAUGCAUUCAAGAAGGCGUACAAGUACUUGAAGAUUUUCUUGAAAAAUUCGACAAAGAAAAUAUGAUGCGUGAAAACAAAGCCUACCUGGCCUAUUCAGUGAUUGAAAACCUACCAGGUCCCGAGGAUAACCUUGUCACAGAAUUCCUUUGCGCAUAUGGUGGAUCAAAAGCUAAGGGAAAUUACAAGCAUUUACGAACAAUGUACCCAAAAGAUGAUGAUUCCACAUCAUGGGAUAUUAUCAGAAAUAAUAACCUGAAGACAUUGAGUGCAAAGUUAAAGGAAGAAGAUGCAAAGCUUUUUAAUGAAUCUGGAGAACCAACAGAGAUUCAUAUGGAAAUGAUUCACUGGGCCUACAGUCCACAACCAGACAAAGUUAAGAGUUAUGUUGAAAAGUUGAAAAAAUCCAAAGCUUUGAAACGGAAGUCAGCAGCAUCUUCGAGCAGUGGGAGUGAUUCUGGAUCGGAUAGUGACGAAGAGGUCGCCAAGAAGAAGAGAAGGGAUUCUUAAAAAAAUACACAAUGAGAUUAUAAGAUACUAACAUUAUAAGAAAAAAAAUUGUAAAAAUCGUGCAUUUUCAGAAAAAGUAAAGUAAGCAUUGUUAAUAGCGCCCAUCAGAAAAAAUAAAAUUCCUUGAAAAGUUCUUACAAGUUAAAAUUUUAGAAGUGCAUAGAAAUUUUAUGUUUUCCCUUAGUUAUUUACAGA